CGUCAUUUAGUGACUUCUAGCGACUUUUAGAACAGCCAAUAGCUACUUUCCUUACUGAGGAGUUGGCAACACUGGCUGAGGGGAGGGUUCUAGUCCUGCUCGGGUCUGUGUGUGAGAGAGGGAUUACGGGGCCGCAGUGAGCAUUCUCUUCCCAGCAACAUACUGUAUGAAUUUGAUUUAGGUUUUAAGUCUUCGUGAGGUUGUUCUUUCCAUGAGCAGCGAGUUGAUUUUUAAACUAGGGUGUUUUCAGUGACAGUGUUGGUUGUUUGGUUUAGUCCAACUUGAUGUCCUGUCAGAGAUCAUGUGGAAGAACUGCUAGGUGCAUGUCAUCUUUACUGGGAUAACCAGCUGUUAUGCAGUGUUAAACUACAGCAAAAGGUGGGUGUCCACUGUCAUGUCAAAUUACAGCAUGAACCGUGUUUUAUGGAGCUGUGGUCCAAUCUGUGAUUAUUCUUAAUCUCUGGGUUGGAAUAGAAGGAAACAUCAGAAUGACAUUCAGAUUGAUAUGGAUACCUUACAGCAAGGUUGAGAUUUUUAAGAACACGUGCCAUCAUUCCCAAGGGAUACCGCAUUUUUGCAUUCACCUACAGGGCUGUUCAAUGUCGUUCCUGGGGGGCCGAAACACUAAUGAUUUUCAUCCUCUCCUUCUAUUAAGGGACUAAUUCAGACCUGGGACACCAGGUUAUCAGGUGCUGUUGAGGGGAGGCUUUCAGCAGGGAGUAUGUCACAGUGAUGAUGGAGACUGCAGCCCUAGUAGUUCCUAUCACCGCUCUGGAGUUCCUAAGGGAGGAGUCCCUGCUGACAGGUGAGGGUCCGAUCCUGACAGUGUACAGCCUCCAAUCUCAGCCCAAAGCCUUCACCUCACUGAGCGUGCUCCUCAACUACCGCAUCCAUGGGAUUCGUCCCAAACCACAGACAGGAAAUAGACGGACCAGUGACCCAGAGGAUGAUGUGGUAGUGUUUGGGGGGAAGGCUGUGCGCCUGCUGAGGCUGAGUGCUGGAGGGCAGAGGCUGGAGCUGCUGGGCCCCCUCAUGGAGCUGCAGGACUGGGCCCUGGAUGUCCGCUGGGUCUCUGGAGAGAAAGGGCUACUCGGCGUGGCUCUGGCCCACAAUGCUGCUCUGUUGCUGGACCCUGUUGAGGGCCGCGUCCUGGCCCUCUGCUCUUGCCAGGAGGGGUGUUUGCUGUACACCGCCCUGCUUCUGGGUGGGACCUGGGAGGACUCUGUCCUGGUGGGGGGGACCGUGUUCAACCAGCUGGUGCUCUGGAGGCCAGGAGUGGCACAGCCAGACGGGAAGGCCCCAGUGGAGAGGCGUCUGCCAGGUCACAGUGGUGUUAUCUUUAGCCUCUGUUACCGCCGGGAGACUGGCUGGCUGGCAUCCGCCUCGGACGACCGCAGUGUGAGGGUCUGGGGGGUGGGGGACCUGGGGGGUGCUGGAGGGGGGUGUGGAGACCCCAGCCCGACGUGUCUGCGGGUGCUGUAUGGACACCAAGCCAGGGUUUUCUCCGUCAAGCUGUCCCCUGGACGGGUGUACAGCGCUGGGGAGGACGGGGCCUGUCUGCUGUGGGACUGGGGAGGUGGGGGGAGGGUGGCUCGGACACUGAAAGGCCACCGGUCCGGGGGGGUGAGGGCACUGGCGGUCAGUGAAGGAGGGGAGGGCCGGGGCAGGUGGGUGGCCACCGGAGGGGCAGAUGGAGGGAUCCGCCUGUGGCGGGUGGGGGGUGAGGAGGAGAAGGGGGAGGCUGAGCAAGGGGAAGCGGAGAGCCUGGUGGACCUGGGCUUCCAGGGCCGAGGCGUGCCGAAAGUGGUUGGUGUGGUGGGGGACGGGCACUGGAUCCAGGGCAGGGUGGUGGUGAACACAGACCAUGGGGAGGUCUACCUCUAUGAGGGGGGGCAGUGGGGUCUCCUAUGGGAGGGGGGUCCUGAGUUCCAGUCCUACUGUGUAAUGGUGGUGCUAAAGGUGAGGGGUUGGGGGGCAGCUGCGUCCAGGGAGGGGCUGUGUGCUGUAGGCAGCCUCAGUGGAGGAGUGCAGGUCUUCCCCCUGUCUCAGCCUGGCGCGGGGGUGUUGCUGAGGGCAGGGCCAGGGAAAGUCCACAGUGUGCUGUGGGUGAAGGGCCAGGCAGAGGGGCAGAGGCAAGGGGGGUACCUGCUGGCAUCCGGAGCAGAGGGGCUGGUCCAUCGUUGGCAGGUGGAGGUAGAGAUGAGAGACACUGGACUGGCUCUCAGGGUGGAACCUCUCUCUCCUCUCCUUCUGCCUCCCUGUGCCAAACGCUGGCUCACUGCUGUAGUUUACCUCAACCGCCCACAGGGGGCACUGUGGGUAUGUGGAGACAGGAGAGGGUCACUGCUGCUGUUUGAAGAGAGUGAACACCAUCAAGAGAAGAAGAGGGGAGAUGGAGAAGAGCACGAGGAUGAAGAGAUAGGAAGAGAGGCACAUAAUGGGAUGGUUGGAAGCAAUGAUGAAAAGGGGGAUGUGAUAGUCAGAGAGGGGGGUGAGGAGAGAGAGGCCAGCAGGGCAGGGCUGACCCUCCAGCCUGUGAGCUCUCUGUUUGGGGUGCACGGGAAGCAGGGGGUGACGUGGGUGUGUGAGCACCGGGGGCUGCUGUACAGUGCGGGGAGAGAUGGCUGUGUGAGGGUCCUCCGUGUCGGACCAGAGGGACUGGAGGUUUUGAGGGUCCAGCGGGCCUGCAAGGGGAUGGAGUGGCUGGAGAGAGUUCUGCUUCUGGAUCCCCAGGGCUCAGAAGAGGACCAGAGGGUCCAGGAACCAGAAGGGACUGGGAGUGGGAAAGAGGCCCGCUUUGUGAUCGUGGGCUUCCACUCGGUUCACUUUGUGGUGUGGGACCCUGUGAGGCAGGAGAGGCUGCUGUCAGUGCCCUGUGGAGGAGGCCAUCGGUCCUGGUGCUACUGCCCCCACCAGGAUGGCCUCUCUACGGGCCAGGGGGCACUGGUGUUCAUCAAGCAGGGGGUGGUCCUGGCCUCUGAACCCUCUGGUGAGGCACCCAGCCGGGCAGGGAGCCUGGGCCUGAGACAGGGGCUGCACGGCAGGGGAGUGGGCUGUGUGUGUCGCUUGGGGGUGGUGGGGGAGGCUGGAGAGGGCCACUGGGAGGUGCUGGUGACAGGAGGAGAGGACACCAGCUUGACCGUCCUGGCGGUCCGACCGCAGACGGGCGCAGUCAGAGUGCUGUCGGUCAUCACCGACCACAUCUCGAAUGUUCGGACUCUGACAUCAGUCAAACGUUUGGAUGGAAGGACUGACAGAGGGACAGAUGAACAGACAGCAACACAGUCCCUCUCUGCACUGCUGGUAUCUGCAGGUGGGCGGGCACAGAUGCAGUGCUACCGGCUGCUGAUUGGAGAAAAUGGACAGUUAGGCUUGCCCUCCUGUCAGGUGAUACAGGUGGCCAGCCACCGAUUGGACGAUCAGUGGGAGAGAAUGCGGAACCGACACAAGACUGUGAAAAUGGACGCAGAAACCAGGUACAUGUCCAUUGCCGUGGUGGAUGAUGGGACAGAGUCAGUCCUCCUGGCAUUGGCCUGCAGUGAUGGAGCUGUGAGGCUCUUCUCAGUCAGUGAGGUGAGGGGGAAGUUUGAGCUCCUGUGGGAGAGUUUCCACCACCAGAGAUGUGUACUCAGCAUCGCCACCUGCAGCCUGGAGGAUGGACAGGGCAAUCGAUGUGUGUUCCUCUUCAGCGCAGCCACAGAUGGAAGGAUAGCAGUGUGGGAUAUGAGCACCAUGGCCAACUCAGAAGACAAGCCCCAUACUGUGGCCCUAGCCCCAACCAGCCCCUGUCUAACAGUCCCCGCCCACCAGAGUGGAGUCAACACCCUGGCCGUAUGGGAGGAGGGCCUGGGGGCGGGACAUACAGACGGAGCCCGGAUAACAUUGGCUAGUGGAGGAGAUGACGGACAGCUGUCAGUGGCACUCAUCAGGGUGCAGUACCUGGGGGAGGAGGUAGAGGGCAGCAGAGUGUAUCUACAGCUCCAGUCUCAGUGGUCAGUGGCUUUAGCCCACGCUGCCCCUCUGACCGCCCUGAGGAUGCUGAGCCCAGGCCUGUUAGUGUCCACAUCCCCUGACCAGAGGGUGUGUCUGUGGAAGCUGGCCAGUACCGGACUCAGCCAACAAGGAGCGCUCAUCUCCCAUGUGGCAGAUGCAGCAGGGCUGGAGGUGUGGAUUGGGGCUGAUGCUGGGGUUGGGUCUGUGUGUGGGGACAGGGGCUGGGUAGUUGUCUGUGGACAGGGGUUACAGCUGCUGAAGGUGACAGACAUGGAGGAUGGAGGGAACAGAGAAGAUAAAACUAAAAGAAAGAGAUGUGUGGGAGGGAGGGAGGAAGACAAGAUAACAUGACCUGUUGUGAACAGGACCCAGUGCUUUCAGACCCAUGAACUAGAUUAGAUUAUUUUAAUAUCUGAAAUUUGCAUGGAUUACAUCUAAAUGACCCAAAGAUCCCAAACACCUUAAUUUUAUAAUGUACAUUUGGAUUUUUAAAUAAACUUUAUUUAAAUCAA